AUGGCUGGAGACGAUCUCGCGAUCGUUGAAGCAAAACCGAUAGAAGGAGGAAGCCUUACAUCGAUCCAAUGCCCUAUGCUCACUUCCACAAACUAUACCGUAUGGGCUAUGAGAAUGAGAGUAGCGCUGGCAGUCCAUGAAGUCUGGGAUGUCAUUGAAGAUGAAGAUGAGGCAGAGUCGAGCAACAAGAAGAAGAACAACAUGGCUCUAGCGUUACUUUUCCAAUCAAUACCAGAAGCGCUUGUCUUACAAGUCGGUGAACUAAAAUCAGCUAAAAAAGUAUGGGAAGCGAUUAAGGGAAGGAACAUGGGAGCAGAUAGGGUUAAGGAAGCAAGAUUACAAACGCUGAUGUCAGAAUUCGAGCGCAUAAGAAUGAAGGAAACUGACACGAUUGACGACUUUGGUGGAAAACUAGCUGAGAUCGCAUCGAAAGCAUCUGCUUUAGGAGAAAGCAUCGAAGAGCCAAAGUUAGUCAAGAAGUUCCUGAAGAGCCUCCCUAGAGCGAAGUUUAUACAUAUUGUAGCAUCUCUUGAACAGCUGCUAGAUCUAAACAAAACAAGCUUUCAAGACAUCAUGGGACGCUUGAAAGCGUUUGAAGAGCGAGUCCGUGAUGAAGAUGAGGUUCAAGAUGAUCAAAGCAAAUUGAUGUAUAUGGAGGGUCAAGGGAAUCAAUCGAGUCAAAAAUAUAACUACAGCGAGAGUAAUAGAGGCAGAGGUCGUGGAGGACGGUUCGGAAGAGGAAGAGGUCGCGGUGGUCGUGGCGGUCGCUCAAACGGAGACAAAGAGAGGGACACGUCAAACGUUGAGUGUUUUAGGUGUGACAAGCUCGGACACUAUGCGAUUGAUUGUCCAGACAGAUUGCUAAAACUCCAAGAAGCUGAAGAAGAUACUAGUGAUACAAAGGAGGCUGAUAAACUUAUGAUGCACGAGGUGGUAUACUUAAACGAGAAAAACUGUAUACCAAGCAAGUUUGAAGCCAACACUGGAGAGGAGAAUAUAUGGUAUCUUGACAAUGGGGCUAGCAAUCAUAUGACUGGAGAUCGACGAUACUUUUCAAGUAUGGACAACUCUGUUACCGGGAAAGUACGGUUUGGAGAUGAUUCCAGAAUAGACAUCAAGGGAAAGGGAACAAUCUCAUUCUUUGACAUGAAUGGAGAACCAAGAAUGAUGACAGAUGUCUACUUCAUCCCUGACUUGAAAAGUAACAUCAUUAGCCUUGGUCAAGCUACAGAAUCAGGGUGCGAUAUAAGAAUGCAAGGAGAGUGUUUGACGAUGCACGAUCGUGAUGGAAAGCUACUUGCAAAGGCAAACAGAGCAAAGAAUCGGCUAUACAAAGUCCACAUGAGAAUAAGAGAGACAGCACAACUGUACCUAACAGAAACAAGCGAGUCUAGUAGAUGGCAUGCGAGGUUGGGCCAUCUAAACUUUGAGAACCUGAAGACGAUGAUAGACAAAGGAGUUGUACGAGGAAUCCCAAGAGUGAAUAUCGAAAAGAAGAUAUGUGGAGCAUGUCUACUUGGGAAGCAGACAAGGCAAGUGUUUCCACAAGCUUCUUCCUUUAGAGCAAGCAAGAAGCUUGAACUAGUUCAUGGAGAUCUCUGCGGGCCAAUAACUCCAAGUACAGCUGCUGGAAACCGAUACAUAUUCGUUCUCAUAGACGACUACUCCAGGUACAUGUGGACAGUUCUGAUGCAAGAGAAGAGUGAAGCUUUUACAAAGUUUAAAAACUUCAAGAACUUGGUGGAGCAAGAAGCAGGAACAAGGAUUCAGACCUUCAGGACAGAUAGAGGUGGAGAGUUCUUAUCACAUGAGUUUACUCGGUUCUGUGAAACUUCAGGUAUAAAGAGGCAUCUUACCGCUCCUUAUACUCCUCAACAAAACGGCGUUGUUGAAAGGCGAAAUAGGACUCUGAUGGAGAUGACAAGGAGUAUAAGGAGCGGUAAGAUGCCUCUUUAUACCUGA